GUAGCUUGGUGUGCUCCCCAACUUCCUUCCUGGCCGUGUCAAUCCUGGGCCUGGGUCAUCCAGCUGCAUCCAAGAGUCCCAUGGGACAAGAUCCCUGCCACUGCCGUGAGAACAUGCCAGGACAUUUUUGCAGGAGAAAAGGAAGAGGGGUUCAGUGAAGGAAAGCUGAGCUCUCCCAGUGAUGUCAUCAAAAUUAGCUAAUUGCAGCUAACCAGCCAACUGAUAGCAGAGGCGUGAGUGGGAUCAGCUGACAUCAGGAAUUUAGAAGAUGCAAGAACUCGGAGAUUGCUGUUUUCUGCCAUGCACUUGACAGGAGUGUCACUGUCACCUUUAAGACUGUUUACACAGACCAUGUACUGUCCAAACAGCUGUGAAGGCAAGCGAGAGAGCUCCCAGUGGCAAUCAAAGUGAGGCACAGCGGCAAGUGACUGAAGCUGACCAAAAUGAAUCUUUUCUGCUUCUCACUGGAGGGGUCUAUGGAUAGCUUAUAUGAGCCCAUCCCAGAGCAACGGGCUAAUCAAGAAAGCACCUUUGGUAGACCUGAUUCUCCUAUCUCAUCCUGUGGAGACAGUGGACAAGCACACAAUAAUCUCUUCAUGGAAAUUUCUAAUUUUGAGAAUGCAAAACCAAACAGGAGAAAGUCAUUCCGAAAAUGUAGUUCUGAAAAUAAAAUAUUUGGAAAAACUGUGAAUGACAUAAUCUGGCAGGAACCCAGCAAACCUGAAAAUGAUUCCCACAUCAAAAGGCCCUGUCAGCUAAAAGAUCUCAAUGAAAUUUUGAGUAAUAACAUAUGUACCCUUCAAGGAAAAACACUACAAGGAACUUCCUACCAGAGAGUGACAUCAGAAUGUUGGAAUCCAUCUCACCAUCAAAGACACAUUAACUCUCCUGCAGAGGAAGAGAUUAUAAAAUCAGAUGGUGACCUCGUGGAAUCAAUGGGAACAUUAAAGCGACUACAGAAACUGGUUUGGACCAAGAAAUCCAAGGAUCAGAAUUCGGAUGAAGUGAAACCUACACUAACAAGUCUCCAAGAUGAAGAUGACACAUUGAUUUCUUGUAUGAGAUUAACAAAACCCCAAGAAAAGAAAGUGAGUAAUGUUAGUACAAAGGGGAAGCAAGAAUUAAUGAUUAGACAGGAUUCUUUUUCUGCAUCAUUGAAAAGAUCCAGCACUACAAAUGGACACCACUUGGAAGAUAUGUUAUCUCACUAUGAAAGUGACAUCCAGAUGUGGAACAGCUGGAGGCCUUUGCCAGAAAACCCACUCUGGACUUGCGUUGAUUUCCAGCUGGCCCAAGUUGGAACCUGGGAUGAUUGCUCAUUGUGUACUCACCACUCACAUCUCAAGUCUUCUUUCACAGAUGUGGAUCUUCUCCAUUCAUGGCGUAGCAGCAGUUUUGGGAAUUUUGAUCGUUUCCGGCAUAAUUCUGUAUCAAAGCCAUAUGAUUCAACUGAGGCACAUGAAGGGGAACCUAUAAAUGAAAGUGGUGAACAAAAUAAAACUUCAACUAAUGGAGGGGGUUUGGGUAAAAAAAUGAGAACAAUUUCAUGGACGAUGAAGAAAAAAGUUGCUAAAAAGUACAUCAAAGCCCUUUCUGAGGAAAAAGAUGAGGAAGAUGGAGAGAACACCCUGCCGUAUCGGAACAGUGACCCUGUGAUCGGGACUCACACAGAGAAGAUCUCCCUCAAAGCCAGUGACUCCUUGGAUAGUCUUUACAGUGGCCAAAGCUCAUCAAGUGGAAUAACAAGCUGUUCAGAUGGUACAAGUAACCGCGACAGCUUUCGACUGGACGACGAUAGCCCCUACUCAGGACCAUUCUGCGGCCGUGCCAGAGUGCACACAGACUUCACACCGAGUCCCUAUGACAAUGACUCCCUCAAAAUCAAGAAGGGAGACAUCAUAGACAUUAUCUGCAAAACACCAAUGGGGAUGUGGACAGGAAUGCUGAACAACAAGGUGGGAAACUUCAAAUUUAUUUAUGUGGAUGUCAUCUCAGAAGAAGAGGAAGCCCCCAAGAAAAUCAAGGCCCACCGAAGGAGUAGAAGUGGAAAGCCUGAGACUUUGCCAGAGUUCUUAGAAAGGAUUCACCUUCAGGAAUAUACUUCAACACUUUUGCUUAAUGGCUAUGAGACCCUGGAAGAUUUAAAGGAUAUAAAAGAGAGUCAUCUCAUUGAAUUAAACAUUGAAAGCUCAGAAGACAGGAUGAGAUUCCUAUCAGCUGCUGAAAAUCUUGAUGAAGAAACUAUUCAAGAGCAAGAAAAUGACUCUGUGCCACUAUCCUUAAGCCCAGACAUUUCCUUAAAUAAGUCACAGUUAGACAAUUGCCCGAGGGACUCUGGUUGUUAUAUCUCAUCAGGAAAUUCAGAUAAUGGCAAGGAAGAUCUGGAGUCUGAAAACCUGCCUGACAUGGUCCAGAAGAUUAGCAUCUCAGAGCCAAGUGUCUGAACAUACAUUCUCUCAAUUUGUCUACAGAUGCAUCCCAUUUUAACUCUUCUGCUAAAAGGUCAAGUAGGAGAGAAAGAGAAAUAUUGGUAAUUACAAUCUAAAACCAAAUUGUUUUAUAUGAAUGAGAGUAAGUAAGAGUUUACAUCUCUAACAUUCCAAAUUACUGUAAAUAAAAUGUAUAUUUAUGUUUUAAUGCUAUGUGUUAAUAUUUUACUUGCCUGUAUUAUUAGAAAAGUAUAGUGUAAACUUCUGGUUAUGUGAUAUAUACUUUAUUUGGUUUUAUUUUACAAGUACAAAAUGAUAAAAAUAAGCAAAAAAACCUCCCAUACUUUCUUAUACUUGUCAGUUUUGAAUUGAUAUCUAUUAUUGAAUGAAUAGUACUAGAAGGUGUUUCUGUUGAACUAAGCUGUCCAAAAUAAUGUCUGCACUCAUUUUUGUACUUACAGGAAAGUGUGGGUUAAUAUUGGAGAUAUUUUGUCCUUAUCCACAAUGGAGUUUUAGUAAAUAUUUUUGUUGAUAAUUUUCACUUUGUUGUCCAAUAUAAAAGUAUAGCU